AUGUUGUUGCCCCUCCCGUUGUGGGUGGGUGUGGCAGCCGCCCUCAACGUCGUCGUCACCCUGGUCGACCUGUGGGUUACCAAGGACGUACGCUUUCUCCACUCGAGUCUCUGGUUCCACGGCCACGACCUGACAUUAGUGGCGCUGUUAUACCAGCGUCAGCUGACUCCCCAGCUGACGAUCGACGACGGCGGUGACUUUGACCAUUUAUUACCGGUGCACCAGAAAUUCUUUGCUAACGUAAAGAAAAUCAACCAGGCCCAUUAUGGAGGUUCCACCCACCCGCGAUUUGGUCGCCAUCCCGCGAGGGCCGCCGGCGGUCCACGAGGGUUUGUCGCUGUCGAGGCCCCGGAAAUUGCCGACUUCGACAUCACCAUGGGUCGAGAUCCCCUCGACCAGAACGCGUGGUACGUCAACCACGACCCCGUCAGAGCCAUACGGCUCGGCCUCGAUAUGUUGGAAGCUGAAACCAUCGAUGUCGUGGUUAUUCUUGUCCCCGAAGAUGACACCGUCAAACAAGUAGUGGCGAAGAUGGUGGAAGAAGUGAGGGCCAAAGGGAUAUCGCUGCUUGUGGUGAACAUCCCUGGCAACCGCCACAUCUACUACCAGGACGAAAACUACUUCAGAGUGCAACAACCUAACGGCCGCAACUUACGCCGCAACGAGAUGUGCCGCAAUAUUAGAAUUGCCAACCGCCAGGUGCGAGCGUUUCUCACCCAGCGCUCGUUCACCGAGCCGCAAAGCUAUACAUUGACGGUGGACACGCUGAUCGAAGAGCUGCGACCUCAUUGGCGCCACCCGCUGCGAUACCGCCACUCACGUCCGUUGGAGAACCAACAGCCGCUCGGAUGGAAUAGAUAA